AUGUUCAGCUUCAGCAGCAGCCCGGGUGCCCGAAUACAGCUCGCUCUCCUCGUCCCGCAGCUCAGCCAGCUCUCAGUCGUGCCCGUGAUCUCGAGGUUCGGCCGGUGCCCAACGGGAAGAGAGGCGGUCUGCUCCGACAAAUGAAACCGAAAACCCUGGCGGGGAAUCCUGCUCUUCGGUCCACCCGGUACGGGAAAGUCCUUCAUCGCCAAGGCAGUCGCAACCGAGGCCGGCAACUCGACGUUCUUCUCGAUUUCUUCCUCGGAUCUGAUGAGCAAAUGGCUGGGUGAAUCAGAAAAACUCGUCAAAAAUCUUUUCGAACUCGCGCGCCACAACAAGCCCAGCAUCAUCUUCAUCGACGAGAUUGACUCUCUUUGCUCGUCACGCUCGGACAAUGAAAGUGAGAGCGCGAGACGUGUCAAAACCGAGUUCAUGGUCCAGAUGCAGGGAGUCGGGUUGAACAAUGACGGGAUUCUGGUCCUCGGCGCGACGAACAUCCCCUGGAUUCUUGACGCGGCCAUUAGGAGACGUUUCGAAAAACGCAUCUACAUUUCACUCCCCGAUCUUCACGGCCGCAAGGAGAUGUUCAAGCUUGAGGUCGGGAAGAAUAGGAACAAUCUCAGCGAUGGAGACUACAGGUUGUUAGCCGAGAAAACGGACGGGUUCUCCGGCUACGAUAUCAACAUACUGGUGAAAGACGCGCUGAUGCAGCCGAUUCGACGGGUACAAACGGCCACGCAUUUCAAAUACGUCAGCGGCCCCGACUCGAACAACCCCGCCGUGACCGUGCACGACUUGCUCACCCCCUGCUCGCCCGGCGACCCGCAGGCGAUGGCCAAGAGCUGGAUGGACAUUCCGCAGGGCAAGAUUGCCGAGCCGCUCCUGACUAUGGGUGACCUGCAACGAUCGCUGACCACCGUGAAGCCGACCGUCAACCGGGACGAUCUCUCCCGCCUUGAGGGCUUCGCACGCGACUUUGGCCAAGAGGGC